CUCACCCUUUUUUCUGCCGGUUCUGUCAUUCUGUCAUUCGGUCAUUCGAUCAUUCGACCCUGUGUCUCUCUCUCUCUCUGUCUAUCUCUCUAUCUGUUGUCUCUGCGUCUCUCUGAUUCCGUGUCUGCCGUCUCCGCCUCCCGACAUCCAUGAUCCAUCCUUCUGCUUUCGCUCUCUCUGCUUCGUCUGUCUCGGUACGGCGCCGCACCGUCCUGCGCCGCGUGCCCCUUCACUCUCCGACUCUCACCAACCCACGCAAACUUAGCCCACGUCAAAUCGAGUAAACUCGACGCACCGCAGCGCAACCCAACGCCAACUCGCUCUCAUUGACUCGUCAUUACCUACCCCCCCGAAAAACCCUGGUCCCUUCUUUUUCUUUUCUUUAUUGCCGUCCUAUCUCUUCUCUCUCUUGCUCUUGACCCGACACUUACCGCCGCCACACACGAAACAGACCGAGAUAGAUAGGCGACAAGAGACGCACACACACACACACACACACACACACACACACACACACACGAGACUGCUGCCCAACCCUUUUACGCUGGGUGUCCUCCACCUUACAAAUCAUACCGUCUUCGCUCGCCUUCUAUUGCCUAUCACUUCAGCCUUGCCACACAUACAACCCGGAUAGCCUCAUUCUCCAUCUCUCGCCGCAUGACUUUGCGCAUGCUCGGCCCCUGUGCAGUCUGCCGCUGAGCCACUGCAGCAGCUGGUCCGUCCCUUGACAUUCGACGACAUUAUUGGGCUGCCACCAAUUCUCGCCGGACUCAACCACCAACUGUCCGGCCGUCCCCGUACCCGUCCUACCGUGCGCACAACAUAUACACCACACCGACCGUCGUCUGUCGUCUCUUGACACAGCAUUCGACACUCUGCCCUUCAGCCUCCGAUCUUUCCUUCUCUCCCAUUCUUAACGACCCGAUACGAUACCCCAAUCAUGCGUACUCCCAGACUCGCCAUUCUCGUCUUCUUCUUCGUCGCCUCGCUCUUCCUCUUUUGCCGAUCCGUCUUCUCGUCGCCCCGCCAAAACAUCGCCGUCGCAGCCGCCGUCGCAGCUGCCGCCCCGGCCGCCGUUCCGCCCUCGCGAUUUCAGAGCCUCUUCUCUUUCAAUGCGCCCUUCUCCAUAUUCACUCCAAACGCCGCCAUCACCCUGACCGACGACAACAGCACCUCCUUCGUUGCCCGUCCCGCAGCCUUCGGCCCGAACCUGCCCAACAAGGGCCUCAGCGGCCAGCUAUGGAUCGGCAGCGGCUUCUCCGACGAUAACCUGCAGGAGGGCGAAGGCGAGGGCGAGCUCGGCUGCACCGACAUUCCCGGCUGGGAGAACGGCAGGCCCAACGCCAUCCUCAAGUCCGCCGCCAAGGCCAUGUCCAAGGCCGACGCAAAGCCUGCCACUGCUGCUGGCAAGCCUGCCCACCACAAGCGCGGCAUCGUCGACGCCGACAAGGACGCCCUCCCCGCCGCCGUCUCCCAACCCAAUACCCGCCUCAGGUCUAAGAUCCGCCCCCUCGAUGACGGCACCGACGACUACCUCCACCAGGGUCUCGCCCGGAAGCCCACACCCCAUCGCGAUAGCGCCAUGUCCACCGAGUCGACCCACGCCGAUAUCCAAUCGAUACAAGAGGCCGCGGAGAUCGCCGGGAAGAUUGUGCUGCUCAGUCGCGGCGGCUGCGGCUUUCUUGAGAAGGCCAAGUGGGCCCAGCGACGCGGUGCCAUCGCCCUCAUUGUCGGCGACAACACAAAGGGCGGCCCCCUGAUCCAGAUGUUCGCCCGCGGCGACACCUCCAACGUCUCCAUCCCCUCCGUCUUCACCACCCGCACCACCGCCCAUCUGCUCUCCUCUCUGACCCAGCCCGGCAGCUUCAUCGAGGACACCAUCGACGAGCACGGUCGCCCCGCCCUCAAGGUCCUGCACUCUGACGGCGCGAACCGGAAGAACCGGAAGAACAAGCAAAAGGCCGCUGCGACGACGCCUACUCCGACCCCCAAGGCCACUGCCACGCCCAAGGCCAAGGCCAAGACUGCUGCUGCCACCAAGGACAAGUCUGCCAAGGCCAAGCAGACGACGACCAAGCCUCGCGUCGGCUUCUUCCGCUGGCUAUUCAGCUGGGGUCGCAGCCCGGGCUCCGGCGACGGCAGCAUUCAACCUCCCACCAGCGGCCGCCAUAAUUGGGUGCUCGUUGACGAUUGGAACGAGGCCAAGGAUAGGAGCAUCAGUGACAGCCUCGGAAAGGCCGCCAAGAGGGGCAAGGACAAGGCGCCCGAGCCCUCCAAGAACGAGGACAGCUUCCAGAUCGGCGUCCAGGACUGGCGAGACCCCGACUUGGUGGAUGCUCCGAGCACUAAGGACAAGGAUGACAAGCCGGAGCGGGCCGGUAAGACGGGAAAUGUUGCAAAAGCGGCCAAGGAUCUUAGCGGCCCCAAGGGUGGAAGCAUCACUCCCGGGAGUGGCGAGUACAACCCUGACUUGCCGCCGGUCAAGGCCAACGGCCCCGCCUCUUCCGGAAAGGACUCGUCCUCCCACGGUGGCAUCAUGUCCAAGAUCUUCGGAGACGACGACGGUGCCGAUUUCUCCAAGGAGGACAAACCCAAGGACCCUCCCGCGCCAGAGCAGCCGAGCCCUGACGACGGCCACGAAGACGAUGACGAUGACGAUCCCAUUGGCCACGAUGGUCUCUGGGUCACCAUUACGCCCUCGAGCAGCUCCAGUCCCUUCUUUGACACCCUCUUAGUCCUCGUCGUUAGCCCCCUCAUCACCUUGAGUGUUGUCUACGCGCUGUUAAUCCUACGCGCCCGCAUCCGCCGAAGGCGCUGGAGAGCGCCCAAGUCGGUCGUCGAGCGUUUGCCGGUGCGCACCUAUCACACCGUCGCCGCCUCGCCCGUGCCUUCGCCCAGAAUACCUUCGCCCACGAUCGCUACCCCCACCACGCCCCUGCUACAACAGACCCCCACCCGGCCGCGGCCUCGUUCUAGAACAACGACGGGAAUACCUGAGUCGGAGAGUCUGUUGUCCGUCAACGCAGCCCUGCAGAUGCCUAGGUCGCCUCUGCGGCCCGAGCAUGAAAAGCCAAACGGCAGCUACUCGAGUGAGUGGAAGAAGUAUAUGGGUAGACAGGUUGAGUGCGUCGUCUGUUUGGAGGAGUACGUCGACGGUGUCAGCCGCGUCAUGAGCCUGCCCUGCGGCCACGAGUUCCACGCCGAGUGCAUCACGCCCUGGCUCACAACACGCCGUCGUACGUGCCCUAUCUGCAAGGGUGACGUCGUCCGAUCCCUUGCGCGCGGCUCCCCGUCCAGCCCCCGCUACGAAGCGUACCACGACGACUCUGACGACGAGGUGGAGGCCGAGGCGUCCAGCUCGAGAGACAGGGGCGACGACGUCGAGCAGGGGAUCCUCUCGCCGGCGCCUAGAGGACGCCAGACCCGACCAGACGGGUGGCUGGGUAUGCUGUCAGGCAGCUUUGGCGCAUCCUCUCGCGCGAGCCGAUCGCCGCAGCAAGAUGACCGCAACAGGUGAUUUAGUCACUUGGUAUCCACUCUCGCAAUCUCAUCUCUUCCCUUUUAUGACUGGUGGCUCGUUUUGUUGUUUUUUUUGGUUCUCCCCGGGUACGAGACCCGUGGGAAAGGCUGGGAGGGAUACAAUGGCGUAACAUGGGGUCUCUUGGGCAAUCACUGGGACGGGGAUUUGGGCAGCAUGGCCGGGAAAUUCAAAGCUUGCCCCGGCAGAGAAACGGGGAACCUCAACACACUCGUUUCGAUUGUUGUCCUUUAUUGUUUUUUGUCUGAUUUUCAAUCAUUGCUCAUUCCGGCGGUCUUGCCAAUCCUCAGACAAGGA